AUGAAAAAGGAGGACGAGCAACAUGAGGACGCGCAACAUGAGGACGAGCAACAUGAGGACGCGCAACAUGAGGACGCGCAACAUGAGGACGCGCAACAUGAGGACGCGCAACAUGAGGACGAGCAACAUGAGGACGCGCAACAUGAGGACGAGCAACAUGAGGACGCGCAACAUGAGGACGCGCAACAUGAGGACGAGCAACAUGAGGACGAGCAACAUGAGGACGCGCAACAUGAGGACGCGCAACAUGAGGACGAGCAACAUGAGGACGCGCAACAUGAGGACGAGCAACAUGAGGACGCGCAACAUGAGGACGCGCAACAUGAGGACGAGCAACAUGAGGACGAGCAACAUGAGGACGCGCAACAUGAGGACGCGCAACAUGAGGACGCGCAACAUGAGGACGCGCAACAUGAGGACGCGCAACAUGAGGACGAGCAACAUGAGGACGCGCAACAUGAGGACGCGCAACAUGAGGACGCGCAACAUGAGGACGAGCAACAUGAGGACGCGCAACAUGAGGACGCGCAACAUGAGGACGAGCAACAUGAGGACGCGCAACAUGAGGACGAGCAACAUGAGGACGAGCAACAUGAGGACGAGCAACAUGAGGACGAGCAACAUGAGGACGCGCAACAUGAGGACGCGCAACAUGAGGACGAGCAACAUGAGGACGCGCAACAUGAGGACGCGCAACAUGAGGACGCGCAACAUGAGGACGAGCAACAUGAGGACGCGCAACAUGAGGACGAGCAACAUGAGGACGCGCAACAUGAGGACGCGCAACAUGAGGACGCGCAACAUGAGGACGCGCAACAUGAGGACGCGCAACAUGAGGACGAGCAACAUGAGGACGAGCAACAUGAGGACGAGCAACAUGAGGACGCGCAACAUGAGGACGCGCAACAUGAGGACGCGCAACAUGAGGACGAGCAACAUGAGGACGAGCAACAUGAGGACGCGCAACAUGAGGACGCGCAACAUGAGGACGAGCAACAUGAGGACGCGCAACAUGAGGACGCGCAACAUGAGGACGAGCAACAUGAGGACGAGCAACAUGAGGACGCGCAACAUGAGGACGAGCAACAUGAGGACGCGCAACAUGAGGACGCGCAACAUGAGGACGCGCAACAUGAGGACGCGCAACAUGAGGACGCGCAACAUGAGGACGAGCAACAUGAGGACGAGCAACAUGAGGACGAGCAACAUGAGGACGAGCAACAUGAGGACGCGCAACAUGAGGACGAGCAACAUGAGGACGCGCAACAUGAGGACGAGCAACAUGUGGACGCGCAACAUGAGGACGCGCAACAUGAGGACGCGCAACAUGAGGACGAGCAACAUGAGGACGCGCAACAUGAGGACGAGCAACAUGAGGACGCGCAACAUGAGGACGAGCAACAUGAGGACGCGCAACAUGAGGACGCGCAACAUGAGGACGCGCAACAUGAGGACGCGCAACAUGAGGACGAGCAACAUGAGGACGCGCAACAUGAGGACGAGCAACAUGAGGACGCGCAACAUGAGGACGCGCAACAUGAGGACGCGCAACAUGAGGACGAGCAACAUGAGGACGCGCAACAUGAGGACGAGCAACAUGAGGACGCGCAACAUGAGGACGAGCAACAUGAGGACGCGCAGGACGCGCAACAUGAGGACGCGCAACAUGAGGACGCGCAACAUGAGGACGAGCAACAUGAGGACGCGCAACAUGAGGACGAGCAACAUGAGGACGCGCAACAUGAGGACGCGCAACAUGAGGACGCGCAACAUGAGGACGAGCAACAUGAGGACGCGCAACAUGAGGACGAGCAACAUGAGGACGAGCAACAUGAGGACGCGCAACAUGAGGACGCGCAACAUGAGGACGAGCAACAUGAGGACGAGCAACAUGAGGACGCGCAACAUGAGGACGCGCAACAUGAGGACGAGCAACAUGAGGACGAGCAACAUGAGGACGCGCAACAUGAGGACGCGCAACAUGAGGACGAGCAACAUGAGGACGCGCAACAUGAGGACGCGCAACAUGAGGACGCGCAACAUGAGGACGCGCAACAUGAGGACGCGCAACAUGAGGACGCGCAACAUGAGGACGAGCAACAUGAGGACGCGCAACAUGAGGACGAGCAACAUGAGGACGCGCAACAUGAGGACGCGCAACAUGAGGACGCGCAACAUGAGGACGCGCAACAUGAGGACGCGCAACAUGAGGACGAGCAACAUGAGGACGCGCAACAUGAGGACGCGCAACAUGAGGACGCGCAACAUGAGGACGCGCAACAUGAGGACGCGCAACAUGAGGACGCGCAACAUGAGGACGCGCAACAUGAGGACGAGCAACAUGAGGACGCGCAACAUGAGGACGCGCAACAUGAGGACGCGCAACAUGAGGACGCGCAACAUGAGGACGCGCAACAUGAGGACGAGCAACAUGAGGACGCGCAACAUGAGGACGAGCAACAUGAGGACGCGCAACAUGAGGACGAGCAACAUGAGGACGCGCAACAUGAGGACGAGCAACAUGAGGACGCGCAACAUGAGGACGAGCAACAUGAGGACGCGCAACAUGAGGACGAGCAACAUGAGGACGCGCAACAUGAGGACGAGCAACAUGAGGACGCGCAACAUGAGGACGCGCAACAUGAGGACGAGCAACAUGAGGACGCGCAACAUGAGGACGAGCAACAUGAGGACGCGCAACAUGAGGACGCGCAACAUGAGGACGCGCAACAUGAGGACGAGCAACAUGAGGACGCGCAACAUGAGGACGCGCAACAUGAGGACGCGCAACAUGAGGACGCGCAACAUGAGGACGCGCAACAUGAGGACGCGCAACAUGAGGACGCGCAACAUGAGGACGAGCAACAUGAGGACGAGCAACAUGAGGACGAGCAACAUGAGGACGCGCAACAUGAGGACGCGCAACAUGAGGACGCGCAACAUGAGGACGAGCAACAUGAGGACGAGCAACAUGAGGACGCGCAACAUGAGGACGCGCAACAUGAGGACGAGCAACAUGAGGACGCGCAACAUGAGGACGCGCAACAUGAGGACGAGCAACAUGAGGACGAGCAACAUGAGGACGCGCAACAUGAGGACGAGCAACAUGAGGACGCGCAACAUGAGGACGCGCAACAUGAGGACGCGCAACAUGAGGACGCGCAACAUGAGGACGAGCAACAUGAGGACGAGCAACAUGAGGACGAGCAACAUGAGGACGAGCAACAUGAGGACGCGCAACAUGAGGACGAGCAACAUGAGGACGCGCAACAUGAGGACGAGCAACAUGUGGACGCGCAACAUGAGGACGCGCAACAUGAGGACGCGCAACAUGAGGACGAGCAACAUGAGGACGCGCAACAUGAGGACGAGCAACAUGAGGACGCGCAACAUGAGGACGAGCAACAUGAGGACGCGCAACAUGAGGACGCGCAACAUGAGGACGCGCAACAUGAGGACGCGCAACAUGAGGACGAGCAACAUGAGGACGCGCAACAUGAGGACGAGCAACAUGAGGACGCGCAACAUGAGGACGCGCAACAUGAGGACGCGCAACAUGAGGACGAGCAACAUGAGGACGCGCAACAUGAGGACGAGCAACAUGAGGACGAGCAACAUGAGGACGCGCAACAUGAGGACGCGCAACAUGAGGACGAGCAACAUGAGGACGAGCAACAUGAGGACGCGCAACAUGAGGACGCGCAACAUGAGGACGAGCAACAUGAGGACGAGCAACAUGAGGACGCGCAACAUGAGGACGCGCAACAUGAGGACGCGCAACAUGAGGACGAGCAACAUGAGGACGCGCAACAUGAGGACGAGCAACAUGAGGACGAGCAACAUGAGGACGCGCAACAUGAGGACGCGCAACAUGAGGACGAGCAACAUGAGGACGCGCAACAUGAGGAGAAGGAUGAAGGGAGACGCUUGCUGCAGCCACUGGUGAUCCCUGAGUCGCUGCAGCCUUGA